AUGUCGCCAAAGCACUACUUCCCAUCAACAAGUGCCAACUCUCUCGUUCCCAGAGCGCUACGGGCGCUGGUCACGGCAAAUGAACAAUUAACGCUGGACUUUCCGGAACGAGUCGUGUCCAAUGCCUAUCAUGACGACUCGAAAGUGAGCAUCAUUGGCGGUGGUGGCUCGGGACACGAACCAGCGUGGAGUGGCUUCGUCGGCGAAGGUCUCUUGUCAGCCGCAGCAUGUGGUGACAUCUUUGCCUCGCCGAGUGCCAAGCAGAUCCUGAGAGCCAUUCAGAUGGCUCCUUCCACGAAAGGAGUCAUUCUGUUAAUCACCAAUUACACCGGAGAUCGACUGCAUUUUGGACUGGCGGCGGAAAGAGCCAAAGCGGACGGACUGGCCGAGAAGAUUGUCAUUUUGCCUGCUACCGACGAUGUCUCGAUUGGGAGGAGUCGAAACACGAACAUGGGCAGGCGAGGUCUCCCGGGGCAUGUAUUCACCAUGAAAAUCAUUGGCGCGGCGGCCGCAGAGGGACUCUCAUUUGAGCAGUGCGUCACCAUGGGACAAGUCAUCAAUGAGCAAACUGUCACCAUCGCCUCCGCACUGAAUCACUGCCACGUGCCUGGGCGAGAACAACAGGCUUCUGUCGCGGAUGAUGCGGUUGUCAUUGGUGCGGGGAUUCACAAUGAACCCGGUCAAGUCCAUGUCUCCCCGGCGCCAUCGGUCGAGGAGCUGAUAGAACGGUUGCUCAAGCUUUUGUGCGAUGAGACAGAUCCCGAACGAGCGUUUGUCGGCUUUGAAGCAGGGGACCAAAUCGGGUUGCUGGUCAACAAUUACGGAGGUCUUUCCGUGUUGGAACUUCACGCGCUGGCCGAUGAAGUUCAAAUUCAAUUAGACUCAACGUGGAAGAUCAAGCCGUGUCGCACACUUUUCGGUGCAUUUGAGACUUCUCUGGAUGCUCCAGGCUUUUCGAUCUCGUUGUGUAACUUGACCGCGGCGGCCCGUACGGCCGGUCAGUCUGUCGAGGACUUGGUUCGACUCUUUGACAGACCUACGACUGCCGUCUCGUGGCCCAACACCACACGUUCAUCAAGUUUGUCGCAGAGAAGAGAUAUAUCCAGCGUCACGGAGUCAAGCAGUAACCAACAAGUUUCCAGUGAUAGCUCGCCUCAGAUCAACCCGUCCCUCCUCGAAAAGGCCAUCCGACAUGCUUGCGAGAGGGCCAUUGCGGCCGAGCCCAAAUUGACCCAAUGGGACAUGAUCAUGGGGGACGGUGACUGUGGCGAAGCUGUACAGGGUCUAGCGGAAGCAAUUCUCCAACGCAUCGGGGCCGGGUGCGCUCAAUCUGGCAAUGUCUGCGAAGUCAUCCGCUCAAUAUUGCAAGAUGUGGAUAAUAUGGGCGGGACACUCGGCGCCAUCUUUGGUGUGCUUCUCUCCGCGUUCCUCAGCUCUUUGCGCAAACUUGCCGCGGGGGCUCAACUCGGCUCACAGUCCCCUGAGAUCUAUGCAGAUGCCCUCCAGUCCGCGGUUUCAUCUUUGAAGUUUCACACCGGAGCGAGAGUCGGUGAUAGAACGGUCAUGGAUGUGCUUCUUCCCUUUCAGGAAGAGUUUAGCCGCACCAAGAAAUUUUUAUCGGCGGUGAAGAUGGCCGCAGAGACAGCCGAGGGGACUCGGAAGCUCAAGGCGAAGUUUGGCCGUGCGACGUACGUUGGAGAUGCGUCCCGUCAAGAAGUGCCUGACCCGGGUGCGUGGGCCUUGUAUGAGAUUCUUGCCGGUCUGGCUGAUGGGCUUGGGACUGGGGAUGGAGUCAAUGUGACAUGUGUAAACGACAAUUGA